AUGGUGAAGGGUCCGGAAACUACGAAGCCCUAUGAGAGUGACUCAGGAGCUGGCACCCCUCCUCGCCUUGGUGGGGCUCCUCUCGCCCCUCUCCUGGGACCCAGUGCUGGAGCAGCUGUGGAUUUAUGUGGAAGGAAUGAGUUCCAGUGUGGGAAUGGGGAAUGCAUCCCUUACAAAUGGAUUUGUGAUGGCAAAGCUGAAUGCCAAGAUGGUUCUGAUGAGUCCCUGGAUGCCUGCAAAUCUGUCACCUGUGAUCCAGGCCAGUUCAGUUGUGGUGGCCGCAUAAAUCGUUGCAUCAAUUUGAGCUGGCGGUGUGACUCUCAAACUGACUGUGAAAAUGGCUCUGAUGAAGAGAACUGCCCCCCUAAAACCUGUGCAGAUAAUGAAUUUCAGUGCAAAAAUGGAAAUUGUAUCACCUUAGAGUUUGUCUGUGAUGAAGACCAUGAUUGUGAUGAUGGGAGUGAUGAAGAACAUUGCCCUCCCCCAACCUGUAAUCCUGAAAUGUUUCACUGCAACAGUUCGGAGUGCAUUCCUAAACUCUGGGUCUGUGACAAUGAUGUGGACUGUAAGGAUGGGUCAGAUGAAACACUUGCACAAUGUGGGAAGCGAGAGACGACCAAUCCUUGCUCUCCCUUGGAGUUGCACUGCGGCAGUGGGGAGUGCAUCCACCAGCGUUGGCAAUGUGAUGGCAGCUUUGACUGCAAGGACAAAUCGGAUGAGGCAAACUGUGCUAAAGUCACGUGCCGGCCAGAUCAGUUCCAAUGUAAUGAUGGUACUUGCAUCCACGGGAGCCUGCAGUGCAACAAGGAGAACGACUGCAAGGAUAUGAGCGACGAGGUUGGCUGUGUCAAUGUGACAACCUGCAAAGGACCAAACAUAUUUAAAUGCCAUUCUGGAGAAUGUAUCACUAUGGACAAAGUCUGCAAUGGCCUGAAAGACUGCAGGGAUUGGUCAGACGAGCCUCUGAAGGAAUGCCGAACUAAUGAAUGUUUGACCAACAAGGGUGGUUGCUCACACAUAUGUAAUGACCUCAAAAUCGGAUAUGAGUGCUUGUGUCCUGAAGGCUUUCAGCUGAUUGACCAAAGAAAAUGUGAAGAUAUCAAUGAGUGUCUCAACCCUGAUACCUGUAGCCAAAGCUGUGUGAACUUGGAAGGAAGCUAUAAAUGUGAAUGUAAAGAAGGCUAUCAGAUUGACCCUGCAACCAAGACCUGCAAAGCGAUUGGCACCAUUGCAUACCUCUUCUUUACCAAUCGUCACGAGGUCAGGAAGAUGACUCUGGACCGCAGCGAAUAUACUAGUCUGAUCCCCAAGCUCAAAAAUGCAGUGGCCUUGGAUAUGGAAGUUGCCAAGAACAAAAUCUACUGGUCUGACAGCUCUCAGAAGAAAAUAUUUAGUACCCCAAUAGAUACAGCUCACAACCACUCCCACCAUACCACUGUAAUUGGCAAUGGCAUCCGAUACCCAGAUGGCCUAGCCGUCGACUGGAUACACAGCAACAUUUACUGGACUGAUUCUGGCCUGGGCACCAUCUCUGUGGCCAACAGCGAAGGCACAAAGAGGAAGACACUGAUCAAGGAAGUUGGUGCCAAGCCACGUGCCAUUGUGGUGGAUCCAGCUCGUGGGUUCAUGUACUGGACUGACUCACUGUCUGCAAAAAUCGCCAAAGUGGGCUUGAAUGGAGUGGACAACUUUUCCUUGGUGACAGAAGGUGUCCAGUGGCCUAAUGGAAUAACACUUGACUUAGUCAACCAGCGCCUCUACUGGGUAGACUCCAAGUACCACUCGGUCUCCAGCAUUGAUGUGGAUGGAGGGGAAACAGGAAGACCAUCCUUGUGUGAAUUGGUGUGUGAAAGGACUGGCAUUCCUAAUGGAGUUGCCAGUACCUAUGCCUUCCUGCCCCACAAAUCACCCUCCACUCACAAGUACACCUGUGCCUGUCCUGAUGAUCCUGUUGUCCCUGACGCCCCAGCGCUCGCACCCACUGCAAGGACCACACCUUUGGUGAGCUUCUCUCCACAUCUAAGGUCCAAGACUGACAACCAACCUCUCCCUGUCUCUACUGUGUCAAGCAAAUCUGCCCUGAACACACCCACCUCUGAAAUGGUCACCCUUUCCCAACAAGCCCGAAAUGGGAUCGCCGCAGAAACUGAUGCGGCAAAACAAAGGGGCCCACCAGUGCUUUCUAUUGUCCUGCCACUAGUCCUGAUUUGCUUAGUCUUUGGGGCUUUCCUUAUGUGGAAGAACUGGCGACAAAAUACCAACAGUAUCAACUUCGACAACCCUGUCUAGAAGACAACAGAAGACGGAUUUCACAUUUGUCGGAGUCGAGGAUAUACGUACCCAUCGAGACAAAUGGUCAGAAUGGAGGAUGAUGCAGCGUGAACCUGCCUCAAGACCUGAAGUCCUUCUCUCCAGACCUUGCUGCUUGUUUCCAGGGAAGAGAAUCUUGGUGCCCUGGCCUUCAGUUCUCUCUCAGCCGUCCAACACCACUUCCUGAAUGACUUGAUGGAACUUUUCCCUUUCUCCUUUAUUAUUAUUUUCUAAAAACAGAAAGAGUGCAUUGGUCAACUGCUGUUUAUGAAGAACAUUGCAAAUGAAGCUUGGCAGUCUUGUUGGGUUUUUACCUUUUUGUAUAUUUAUUUAUUUUUUCUUUUUUGUAUCCGGUGCUGCCAAGACACCAGUGUGUCUGCUGCAUUCUGGUUCUCCUUCAUAAUCUGGGCAGGGCAUUGUUUUCUUACAUGUGAAGGAGAGUAAGGGUUUAAUAGAAGAGGAGAAGGCUUCUCUCUAGAUGCACAGCUCAGUGUCUCAGGGUUGUUUCAGGGACUGGCCUUUGUGCCCUGCUGCUCUGCUUUAAAAGCUCCCACCGGCAGACACAAGGCCACCUUGGAAGGAGUGGGAGGCCAGAAGCCAAGCCUGCCUUGUCUAUGAGCUCAGGAACCCUUCCUCUCUCAAGCCAGCCCAGAGAAGCUUGGGAAGCGGAUCCCAGCCAUCCAUGUCGUCAGCAAGAAAUAAGUGACUUUGUUCUCUCUGGUUCCAAAGAAAAAGCAAAUCAGAACACAAAGGUCCAGGUUCUGGGUCUCCUGCCUGGAUCCUGUUGAAAACCUGUUGGAUCCUGUUGACCCAGGGCCAGUUAUUCUUCAGCCCACCUUGCAUUUUGGUUUUAUUCUUUGGUUCUGUUCAUGGUCUGUGUUGCCCUAUAGUUUUAUAUAAUUGUAUUUGCACUUGAUCCCUUUCUUGGUCUCUCUGGCCCCCACAUGCUAGAAGGACAAGAGGAACUCAACCAACCAACAAGCCCAAACCAAUGAGACAAACAGGCUGAGUGUGCAGGAGGGAAAAGAGGAGAGGGUGUUGCAUCGGCUUGGCACAGACUGUGUGGCUUGUAUGCAGGUGGACACAGGAAAAGUAGAUUGUGCUGGCCAGGAAACUGAAGCCAUUUGUCCUGCGUGUUCUAACUUAACCACAGGUUUGCAGUUGCCUUAUGCUGUGCUUCUUUAUGUCAGGAAUCUUUCACAGCUUCUUCUGUCUUCAAUUUUGCUUUGCUUGCUUUUUAUAUGCUUCCUUUACUAAUGAAGGGUGGUGUUGUUGUUUUAUGUGGCUGGGGCAAGGUGGAGGAAAUGCCAAGUGGACUCUUUUUUUGCUCCUCCACUCAUCACUGUAAGCUCCGGCUCUGCACUUUAGACAGGAAUAAAUAGGUUUUGUAUGUGUUACUUCUGCAGCUUUCAUAGAUGAAAGUGGGUUGAGUUGGAGCUGGUGUGUGCUUCUGCCAACAUUCACAGACUUUCUGUAAUGACAAAUGGGUUAUGCCCUGUGACUGCUCAGUAAUUUUUAAAAUCCUGUUAAUUGAUACAUCCUUACAUGUACAAAGAUACAGAAACAGGGUGCAAAUUCAAAAAUAGAUACUGGUUCAAACUUCAACAUAUGUCUAGCAGUGGAGGACUAAAUUACAUUUAUUCACCCAUUCCCCAUGUAACACCAAGCAAAUGUUGGCAGGAUUCUUGAAUAACAAAUGGGCAACUUUGUAUUCUUGGUCUAAUUCCCUUCCAUUGAUGGGGCAAAGCACUAAAUACCAAGGAAAAGUCCUCAAACCUUUUGGUCUGAAGCUGUGAAAGAUUCCAUCCUCUUUUUCCUAUUAUCAAGUAUGUAAAUAAUGUAUAUGUACAUUGUUGAGAUAUAUAUACAUAUAUAUAUUUCCUUUGCACAAAAGUUGCCUUGUCUAUUUGUACAUACGUUCAUAAAAGGUAUGAGUUAUUUAUUUAAGUUUAUAUUCUUGUUGUUGCUAAUUUGCCUUUCUCUUUGACUCUCUCUCUCUCUCUCUCUCUCUCUCUUCCUGUGAUUAUGUCCUUUUUCAUUCUUAAACAAAACUUGGAUGGAUAAAAUAAGUGUGUGUAUGGAUGUUUCUGAGUGGGAGGGCAGAUCAACUGUGAUUAAAUAAAAUGCAGUUCUAAUCUGGAACAAAUCUGACUGUGAACACAUGCACUUAUAGAAGUGUACUUUUAAAUGAGAAUGUAUUCUACACUGUUACAUCAAACUGUUCCAAUCUCCUUACCUAUGUUGAUGCUUUGAUUAAUAAAUUAUCCUUACUUGCUGCUCGUA